CCAAUCCAACACAGAAACUAAUCCAAACCACCCAAAUUGCUAAACCAAAGAGAAACCAGAGAAUGAUACUGUAGGAAGACCUUAAUAUCCAUUUUUCCUUCACUCACCGUUACUGAUCUGUUGUUCUCUCUCUCUCUCUCUCUCCCCAAUGGAAAGCUUACUUUCCUCUCACUCUCUAUCCCCCCUCGUCAACCCAAAACCUUACUCUCCAAAAACCCAUUUGCCACCUUCACUCCAAUCAAGACCGAACUCGCUAGCUCUCUCCAAAACCAUUACUUGUAACCUAAAGAACCAAACCUCUAAACCAUCUUUGCCAGUAUCCAAAAGCUGGGUUAGUCAUGCUCAACAAGGCCUGGCAGCUCUAGCUCUCUCUUUGGCACUUAAUUUUAGUCCACUAUUAUAUGGUGGCAAUGCGCUAGCAUCUGAAUUUGAUGUCAUUAAUGAAGGGCCACCAAAAGACUCUUAUGUUGUCGAUGAUGCUGGCGUGCUUAGUAAAGUGACAAAAAGUGACCUCAAGCAGUUGCUAUCAGAUUUGGAAGCUAGAAAGAACUUAAAAAUUAAUUUCAUCACUGUUAGAAAGCUUACAAGCAAAGCUGAUGCUUUUGAGUAUGCUGAUCAAGUUCUUGAAAAAUGGUAUCCAUCUGUUGAAGAGGGCAACAAUAAGGGAAUUGUCGUGCUUAUAACUAGCCAAAAGGAAGGAGCAGUAACAGGGGGCCCUGCAUUUAUUGAAGCAGUUGGAGAAACUGUUCUGGACUCCACUGUCUCAGAGAACCUUCCUGUAUUGGCUACAGAAGAGAAGUACAAUGAAGCAGUGUUUAGCAGUGCCAAGAGACUAGUAGCUGCCAUUGAUGGGCUUCCAGAUCCUGGAGGCCCCUUGCUCAAGGACAAUAAGCGAGAAUCCAACUUCAAAACCAAGGAAGAGACAGAGGAGAAGAGAGGACAAUUUACUCUAGUGGUUGGCGGCCUAUUGGUGAUUGCCUUUGUUGUUCCUAUGGCACAAUACUAUGCUUAUGUUUCCAAGAAAUAGGUAAUAUCUUUUUUCAGGACUUGCCUCUCAACUUGGUGAUAAAUAGUUGUACAAAUGUUAAUCUCAAACUGGUUAAUAAGAACUUUGCAAUCAGAGGAAUAGUACAGAUUUUGGCUUGAGUUCA